AUGUUGGAUGCAGACGAGACAUCAGAGCUGUGUGAUGAUGCAGCUUCUAGUUGCUUGUCGAACGUACCGUUUAAGCCCUCAAGCAUUUGUUUGUACAAGACGAGUUUUGUGUGCCUCCAGAUGUUGCAUGAAGAUGCUGCAGGGAGGAGCAGUUUUGUAAUUUUUGUUUACAGUCCGCAGGGAUUUUGCUCAAUGCUGCAUGAAGAUGCAGCCUCAAUCCAGCCUGGACUUUCCUCUUCCCGUUGCAUGAAGAUGCUGCAGGGAGGAGCAGUUUGUCAUGUUUGUUUACAGUCCGCAGGGGAUUUUGCUCAAUGCUGCAUGAAGAUGCUGUAG